GUAAACAACAAUGGCAGAAAGCAUUCACAAAGAUCAAAAGCCAGUUUUCUUUGACAAAUCCAUUUCUUCUACUUCACGAUGCUCGUUUAUGGCGAUUGUCAUCUUCUUGAUCUUCCUCUCAUAUUUCUUAUACUCCUUCAGUUUCAUCUCCUUUUUAAAGUCUCCUUCUGAAGUCUCCAACUCUCUCCUUGUACCUGUGAUGCAAGUGCAACUCGGAUCAGGUCAAAACCACACCGAGGACAAAACAGAGCUUAAGCACAUAGUUUUCGGAAUCGCCGCGUCCUCCAACCUUUGGAAGCAUCGGAGAGAAUACGUGAAAACGUGGUGGAAACCUAACGGUGAGAUGAAGGGCGCUGUCUGGCUCGACAAACCUACAGUAAACGACAGCCUUUCCUCCGCCUUGCCUGAGAUCAGAAUCUCCUCAGACACGUCGAGUUUCAAGUACCGUUACCGUCGCGGUCACCGAUCAGCGAUCAGGAUCACAAGAAUCGUAUCGGAUACGGUGAGGAUGUUAAAGGGAACUGAAUCUGAGAGAAACGUGAGGUGGAUUGUGAUGGGCGACGACGACACAGUGUUUUUCCCGGAGAAUCUUGUUAGGGUUUUGAGGAAGUACGAUCACAAACAGUUCUAUUACAUCGGAGCUCCUUCUGAGAGCCAUUUGCAGAAUUUGCAGCAGUUUUCGUACGGCAUGGCAUAUGGAGGAGGUGGUUUUGCUAUAAGUUAUCCCUUGGCCAAGGCUUUGGAGAAGAUGCAAGAUCGGUGUAUCGAGAGCUACUCUGAUCUGUACGGAUCCGAUGACCGGAUUCAUGCUUGUAUGGCGGAGCUCGGUGUUCCUCUCACCAGAGAGGUUGGGUUUCAUCAGUUUGAUGUAUAUGGGAACCUCUUGGGUCUUUUAUCGGUCCACCCACAAGCACCGAUAGUCUCUAUCCAUCACUUAGACGUAGUCGAGCCUAUAUUUCCGAAAAUGGACCGAGUGAAGGGCGUAGAGAGACUCAUGAUCUCAGCGAAGCUCGACUCAGCUAGCCUCGUCCAACAAUCCAUAUGCUACGACAGAACUCACCAGUGGACAAUGUCUAUCUCGUGGGGAUACACUGUCCAGAUCACACGUACAUACAUGCCAGCAAGGAUGAUGGAAGUGCCCACUCGCACUUUCAGUGACUGGCACAAACGUCAUGAUUUCAACAAUCUUGCUUUCAACACACGCCCUAUAACCUACACUGAUUGCCAGCGUCCACGAGUCUUUUACAUGUCUCGCACUCUUGGUGAUUCUUCUUCAAGCACAACAAUUACCGAGUAUCUUAGGCACAAUGAAUUGAAUCCUAAAUGUGAGUGGGGGAUACCAGAUCCUUCUGAUAUCAAUCGGAUCUUUGUCCACAAAGAGUCUAACCCAUAUAGGUGGAAUAAGGCACCAAGGAGAGAUUGUUGUCGAUUAUUGCCAGCGACGAAGAAGGGAACUAUGAUGAUCAAAGUCGCACCUUGUGAAAAUGACGAAAUUGCUGCUUAUUCUGAUAAAUAGUUUUCUUUUUGGUUUAGUUCACAUGGAAAACUUGUU